AGCUGAGGCGGAGUAGCCAAGGAGAAGUCAAUGCCGUUCUAGCAGUCCAGCUUUCACAUGGAGCAGGUCAAACACCUUAUUACGCUUGACGCUUUGCAGCAGCGAUCUCGAUCUGUGGAGGAUUGCAUCAACCUGACAAUCUCUCGAGUUCUUCACCUCCUCUCUCCCAACGGCAUCCAUUCAGCCCUUGGAUGACCAGGCAUGGCCGUGGGAGGCCCCUCCUGGCCCAAUUUGCAGUGCCUGGUGCGGCGGAAGCCGGCGACCGCUGGCUGGGCCGAAGACGCUGACAGGGGAGGUGUCCAGCGCCUCGCCAAGACGCUAUCUAUUCCCCACCUCGUCGCCAUCGGUACCUUUUUUUUUGUGGCAUGCAGUCUCUGGAGCUGGAGAGGGGUUUUGUGCUUUCACUGAAUCUACAUCUACUACUGCUCUGUCAGAUUUAGACAAUGCAAUACGUGCCUCACUUGAACAUGCAUGAUCCUCAGGUGUCGGCUCGACGAUUGGCGCCGGCAUCUAUGUCCUGGUUGGAACCGUGGCUCGUGAGCACACCGGGCCGGGACUGACGCUCUCCUUUCUGAUAGCCGGCGUCGCCGCGGCUCUUUCAGCAUUGUGCUAUGCCGAGCUCUCCUGCCGUUUCCCUUCGGCAGGGAGUGCCUAUCACUACUCCUACAUCUGCAUUGGGGAGAGGUACAUGUGCAAAUGCACACUGGCAACGGUUUCUUGUUAUUUUCCCAUCUGUAUUAUACUCAGUGCACAUCAUAAUUAAGGAGGAACCGUGGGUUCCUUGCUCACCUUAGCCUUUUGAUCUUCAUGACAAACUCCGGAAAACUGUGCCCAGUGUUGCUUGGCUGAUUGGGUGGGCCUUGAUCCUUGAGUACACCAUUGGGGGGUCAUCAGUGGCACGUGGCAUGUCACCAAACUUGGCUCUAUUUUUCGGUGGCCAAGAUAAGUUGCCAUUCUUUCUAGCACAGGUGCAUGUCAAAGGCCUCGACACCCCAGUUGAUCCAUGUGCUGCUAUUCUUGUCCUGAUAGUUACUGCAUUACUCUGUCUGGGAAUUAAAGAGAGCUCAUCUGUGGAAGGCAUCAUCACCACUGCAAAUAUCAUAGUGAUGCUCUUUGUCAUCUGCGCUGGUGGAUGGCUAGGAUUCAGGAAUGGCUGGGUUGGUUAUAAAGUGCCAGAAGGUUAUUUCCCUAAUGGUAUCAGCGGAGUUCUCUCUGGAUCAGCAACCCUCUUCUUCGCAUUCAUUGGCUUCGACACAGUUGCUAGUACGGCCGAGGAGGUGAAGAAUCCUCGACGCGAUCUUCCAUUGGGUAUGGGCCUGACCUUAUCCCUGUGUUGCUUCCUAUAUAUGAUGGUUUCUGCUGUUGUGGUCGGUUUGGUGCCGUACCACGCGAUGGAUCCGGACACCCCUAUUUCUUCUGUGUUUGCGCGAUAUGGGAUGCAGUGGGCCGAGUAUGUUGUUUCCAGUGGAGCUGUUCUUGCUCUUGUGGCAUCCUUGAUAGGUGGUAUUCUUCCCCAGCGAUCCAAGCAAGAUGACGUGAGAGGCGGUGGCCGCAACCACAAGCGGAGAGGAGCUCGACGGGGCGCGCCGCAGGGAGAUCUCUGGGCGAGGAGAGGACCUCGACGAGGCGUUGGCGUCUCGGUGGCCAUGAAGCCGUGGAGGUCUCUGGGAGCUGGCGGCAGGGCGACGAGGAGCUGGCGGCUGGGUGGAAUCGCGACGAGGAGCUGGUGAAGGAGCGGCCUAGCGGCGGUGUGGACUGGCGGCGAGGAGCUAGUGGUGGAGCCUGGCAGUGGGGCGGCCGACGACGAUGAAAUGGGGAUGGGGAUCGAUUUCUAGGAACAUAGAAGAUGGGGAUGUUCGUUGUGGGCUCCACCUGUAGCAACAAACGUGGGCCCAUGCUGUCAGGCACGUUAACUGUGAUGGAGACGGUGUGCGAGUGUUUCUCUGAGCAAAGGAACGGGUCCGUGGGC